GGCAGCGCCGGGGGCCCGGCGAGGCCAAGCGGUGGCGGCGGGGGGAGCGCGCCGGUCCCCGCUGUGGGGGAGAGAAGGGGGCAGAAAGCGGAGAGAAAGGCGGCUUUUCCCGGGAGCUGCGAGGAGCGGGGGGCAGCGUUUGUGUAGAAUUGUGUGCUUGGCCCGGGGCAGGUGUGCUCUGGCCGUGCCCUGAGUCACGGCGGCCGCACCGCAGUGCGCUGCGCUGCGCUGCGCGGGGCCGAGGGACGGAGCGGCCGCGCACGGUGGUGGAACGCGGCCAGGAGGCAGCGGCACCUGCCCCGCCGCGGCCGGGCACGGGACACGGUGAGCCGCUCCCCGCAGGGAUGCGGCUCGGGGUCCCCUUCGCCCUGUCCCUUCCCCUUUCCCCCCGUGCUGUCAUUUGCGAUGACAGCAGCAGCAGGUCUUGUCCGCCUGCCUUCUCCCAGGUGGGACUGCAGAGAAAUUCUGUUUCACAACCGGGCGCUGAGCCUUCCGUGCUGUAGCAGUUGCUGUUUCUUGUCAUUGAGAUGGGUCGGAUGCUUGACUUAUAAGACUAAUUUAGAAAAUUCGGUCUAGGAGAUGUUUUCUGCUUUCAUUUCUUUUAAGCUAUGUUGAGAAUUGCUGUUUAUAUAUAUAGUAAUUAUUUUUCAAAGGUCUGAAUUUCCGGAUGUCUCACACAAGAACAAUUACCCAUUUUCCCAAAAAUAGAUGCAUUGAAUUUUUUGGUUUGGUUGGCUUUGAGGAUUUUUAUUCAUCUGCCUUACAUUUAUGCUGGUCAUGACUUGAUGUUGCUAAAAGGCAAAGCUGUUUUUGUCUGCCAACACAUGGGUGACUGAGGACUCCUGGAAGAUGGAGAGAUUCCCAGGGUGAUUCUGUUUGCUGCCCAGAAGGGCCCCUGCUGUAUCCACCACACUUAACAGUGCUCCUGUAGAUCCACGUCACUGCAAGAAGCAUGACCAAUAUGAACUGCAUCCUGCUGACCACCUGCAUUGUUCUGAUUGCUUUUUGUGGCUCUGGUUAUACCUUAAGAUGUUACCACUGUGACAACAGCCCUACUGUGUGCAGGACCAACAGCACCUGCUUAACGACUGAAGACACUUGCUUGCAGUUGAAAUUUGGUAAAUUGAGAACUUUCUCCUGCUGGAAGGCAUCCCAGUGCAGUGUGAAUGAAAUUGCUGAUUCCUUCCUGUUGGAUAAUUUUGAAUUCUUUUGCUGCCAACACGAUCUGUGCAAUGAGAGUGCGAUUACUGGGGUUAACAAAGCAGCCUUCAGUAUUGCUUCUGUAAUGGCCAUGUUAUGGAUGCUCCUGUAAUAAUCCUGGUUUGUAAGCUGCCCUUUCAAGAUGAAGUUACACAAAACCAUUAACUCUUUUCUAUAUUGCAUAUUUUCAGCUCCUAUCCGUAGGCAGAAACAUUCCCGUGUAAUUUUAAGUUGUUUCCCAGGGUUCUGUCUGUUAAAUCUCCAUUAAUGGGAAGGAGAUGUGUGUUGUUACCAUCUGUUUUGAUCUGUUCCCCUGUUCAUGGGGAAGAUCAGCACUUGUGGUGUUAUCUUGUGGAGAACCUGGGCAAACUCCAGUGGGUGAUGUGAAGGAGAAGGAACACUGCAACUUUUCUGCUGUGAAUUGUCAUUUUUUUCCUGUCCCAUAAACUGUCAUUAUUUUUGGUUGGCAUUUCUGUGGGUUUUGAUUUGUUUUGCUUUGGAUCCUCCUUGUCACAAGCCAAGCAGUAGAUUUGCCCUCAACACAAGAUGUGUUGGAUCAUAAGUGUACCUUGCUGCAGUCUUUGUGAUGAAUAUGGAAAUAUUCAGUUUCAAAUCAUGUAAACACUUUGUUCCCAUCACUGUACGUUUGUGUUUUUUUUCUACAAGCCAAUGAUAUAACCUUGUCAAGUGCUGUUAUUUUGGGUGAAAGCAUCUACAUUUCUUAAACCAAAACCAAAAUACUGUUACAAGUGAGAAACACUUUUCCUUUUUUUUUUUUUUUUUUUUUUUAAUAUAUAUAUUUCUGUGAGCAUGUAGACAACAUGUGAUAACUUCUUUUUUGAUAUUCCUCAUACAUUAUCCAGGCUUAGGAUUUUAAGUGAGCAUGUGCUUUGCACUGAGUAUUUAUUGGUAUACUGAAAAUCAAUUAUAAUAUGCUAAGGAGUUGAAAUGGCACAUGUAGGUUACUUCCCCACUAGCUUUUGAGUUUUGUUGAAAACAGUGACAUGUAAACUUAACCCUUCAAGCUUCCACCUAAGAAUAUUAAAAUCUUGCAGAACUUUCUUUCCAUAAAUGCCAAUGCACAGUAUAGGUGUGUAUUUAUAUAGCAUGAAUAAAACCUGCUCCAUCUGUAGGUGUGAGGGGUCAUAUACUGAAAUACUUGCUGUGGUGGAGACAUACCUUGGGACAUCUCUGGUACCUGGGGACCCUCUCAGUCAGGUGGGAUGCCAGAUCCUCCUUUUUCUUCUUCUGGAGCUGAAGCUAUCCCUGCCAGAGUUGUGUCCAUUGCCAAUGAGAUACCCUCUUCCUGAGGACUCUUGCUUGUGGUCUUGACACUUGUGACACCAGUUCACCAGUCACAAGGGUGAACAAGGGUGUUGUUCCAAAUCCCCAAUGUAUUCCAAAAUGUACCUUUUGGUUGAGCAUAUUGUAGCUAUGAAAGUGUCCUGGGAUCUCUCCCAUCACUUGAAAUACGGAAGUCGUCCUGUCUUUGAUUAAUAAAAAUGUCAAAAAAGAAGAAUGUGGAAUGUGUGGUGA